GUGCUGCUCGAACGGUUCCGCGGCUUGGUAUAGCGCGGUUCUACUAUAUAUCCACAAGUUUAAGUCGCGCCAAUUCAACAAUCUCGCCAGUUUGUUUACAGUGACGUGUGUGUAACUAAUUUCUAAACGUACCUACUCUUAUAGUGACCGUCCUAUCGCGAAUGAAUGAAACACGGUGUCAAACAUUAAACUAUCAAGUGCUGUGUAAUGCGAUAAAUAUGGAUUCCAACAUACACUAAGUGCAGUUAAACUGUGUCCGAAGAUGGAUGGUGGUAUUGUGAGCACCCCGCGAAACAGAUUCCAAACACAACUGAAGAAUGCUGCGAGUGCUUUGUGCUCAAGGAAGCACAGGAGAAGCGAAGACAUGUCGGCCGCGGUGUUUAGUUCCGCUCGCCCUCACACAUAUCCUCGGGCGACAUCGACCAAACGGUCCGCCUUAUCGUGCAGAAUAGAGCCCCUUGUUUGCGAACAGCAGGCCAUCGCGUUAGAGACUAGUGAACCGUUCAUGGCUGACGUCAUUCAUGUCUAUGCUACCAAAUCUAAUGGAGUCUUUAAGGGAACUUUGGCAAGAGAGGUAGCGAAUGCUUGGGAGAGAAAGGUGGGCAAGCCAGAUCAGCCGGCGCCCGCCAAUCGCGUCAAAAGCCUUUUCUACGACAUCCAGCUAUAUCCGACCGAUCCCCAAGUGUUCGAAAUGCUGGUCUGCGCCAGACAGUGUGCGCGACGCAAGUCGCUCACACUUACGUUCGGCGAGUUCUGCGUGUUCGCGGCCGAGCUGCGAAGGCAUUCGAGGCAGGUCAGACAGAGUCCAAACAAACCGGAGUCACCGCAGUGGAACGUAGAGAAGGAGUUUAGGGAGAGGGAGACGAUAUGCAAACCCAAUAUCGGCAGCGAGGCGUCGUCGCUGGACUGCGAAGUGUUCCUCGGAGGGUCCUGCAACCCCACCACCUGGCGGAAAGAGAUCGCUAUACCUAAACUGAAAAAGAUGGGCAUCACGUACUUCAACCCCCAAGUGGAGAACUGGUCGACGGAGCUGAUGGAGCGCGAGCACCGCGCCAAGUCGGACGCGCGCGCGCUGCUGUUCGUGCUGGACAGCGAGACGCGCGCCAUUGCAGCCAGCGUCGAGGCGGCACUCAUCGCCGCCACACCCAAGCUGCUGCUGCUCGUCAUGCGCCCCUACUCGCGCCACCAAAAGAUCGCCCAGGAGGCUAUCACUGAUGAAGAGUACAUUGAGCUAUCGCGAGCGCGUGCGACGUUAAAAGAAGCCGUAGAGAGAAGAGGUUUGCCCACUUUCCAUGACAUUUCGUCGGCGCUCGACAGCGCCGGCGAGGUGCUCCGAGGGCGGAACCUGACACACCCGCGCCACAACAUCGGGAACUACAUCCACCGCCUGCGGCGGCUGUACGACGCGGCGGGAGGCCGGAGCGCCAGACUGCCGCGCCAGCGCGCCGUGGACGCGCUGCAGGAGGCCACGCGGGUGCCGCGGGACGUCGCCGAGAGGAGCCUGCCCGCUGCCGUCGACCCUGUAGACUUUGACACCUUCUGCGCGGCCGUUGCUGAAAUCGCAGCUGACUCAGGGCCCAGUCAGUCGCCGCGGGCAGAAGGGGUGGCCGCUCGCCUGCGGCGCGCCUUCCGUUCCUUCUGCGACAGGUUCUCCCCGCUCGCCGCCGAGAGUCAAAGCCGGAAUGGGCGCGAGGAGGCGGGAGCGACGGCGGGCGCAGAGGCGGAGCGCGGCGCGGAGAGCUCGCCGCCCGCCGGCUUGCGCGUGCACAACGCGCGGCUGCGCUCGUGCGGGCGGAAACUUCCUCUCCUUAUACCCAAGAACGGCGGGAACAGAAGUGAACCCGAGAGCGGUGGUGACUCGGUGCUGACGCCCGGCACAGAGCGUCGGCUCGAGGCGCUCCCGGCCAUGCUGGGGGCGCCCACCUACGACGUCUACCUCGGCGGAACGUUCCCGUCCGGCACCCGUCCCGACGAGACGUUGCGCCGCGAGGGCUACACGUACAUAAUGCCGCGGCCGAACGACUACGCGCGCAUGUACUCGGCGCCGGCGCGACGCUCGGCGCCCGCACACCCCGAGUCGCCGCGGCGUGACAAGAAGCCGCGGCCCAUGUCGCCCGAGGCAUCCGAGGACGUGACGCUGCGCUCGCGCGACACGGACUCCGCAACCGCGCCCGCCGGCGACCGCCUCAGUGCCAGCGACUUCUACAACGUCACCGAUGACGUCACGCCGCAGCCCUUCAAAGGAACGUUCGACGAGGACCAGCUGCUGGGGUCGCGCGUGCUCGUGUUCUCGAUCAGCGCGGAGGCGCCGUGCUUCGCGACCAUGGUGCUGGCGGCGCACUACAUGGGCCUGCAGACCUCCAAGACGGUGCUCAUCGUGCAGCCCAUGGACCCUGCCGCCCCGCAUCCGUACAGCAAAGUAGCCGUGCAGGAUUACAACCGAGGGCGGACGUACUUGUCGGACCUGGCGAAGCGGGAGGGCAUCCCCGUGUUCGACAACGUGGAGGCGGCCAUGGCGUGCGUGCUGGCGCGCCUGCAGCCCGCCGCGUAGCCCGCGCCCCCUGACGACGCGGAGGCUGCUCGCGCGCGACUACAGGUCGCACUCUCCUUCAUGGUUAGGAUCAGCUGAAGCGGAAUCAUGUCUGACAAUCCUGGACUCGUGGAAUGAGUGCAAACUAUACGGGUGAAUCGUUAAGCGUCGGUACUUACUUCAGCAGGAGAUUGUAUACGUGAAUAAGUGAAAAUACGUAGACCGUGCUUGUCUAUACGAUAUGCAGAGACUUCAGUAUACAUCACAUUUUAGUUUUAACAAUAACCACUUAGGUUUAAAUU